CGCCGGGGCUGCUUUUCUCGCUCGCUCUAGGAGGCCUUACUACACCUCUACCUUUCACUGCGAGGUGCUCGCCCUCUUAAUAGCUUGCCCUCAUCUCCGUGCUCUACUGCUGCUGCUCUCUUUGCAUCACUGUUCGGUACAUUUUUCUUCAUCAUCUGCGCACCAAUUCUUCGGGGUCAACGGUUUUUCUGGUGAUUUCUUGGAAAUACGUUUACAGGGUUGCAUUGGACUUUGGAGGGGGCGACGGUGGGGCCGAGGUUGAUCUCGUUCAUGUGCUCGCUUCACGUACGAAAGUCUCUUUUUCUUCCUCCUUGUCUUAAGCAAGUCAACUUGCAGUCCCACCAAAAAUCAACCAUCCCCGGACACAUGGGAAACACCAUCAGUCACCCGAUCUUAAGUUUACCCCGAGUUCAAACUGCGGCCAGUUUUCAAGACUUCAAGACUGACGGUUGAUGGCACUUUCUCACCAACCUAUCCCUCUCAAUGUCAUUCUCCGUUCGUCAACUCGGCAUCGACUUACCAUCUCUCAAUACGUUAACCAUAUCAACAGUCUAAUUGGCGGGAAGAGAGGCGAGCAAUAUUCCCAUCCUCGAUUCCAAAAUCUAGCACCCUCGGAAGCAGCAUGUCCAGGAGGAAGAGCGGCAGCUGCAGCAGCAUUAGGAGGAGGGCUCGCUAGCUGCCCCUUGAACCCAAUCCUGGGAUUGGGUUGUUGUUGCUGUUCAAAUGGGGAGGUAGUAUUUGUAUGACAGCCGAAACCUGUUGGCUUCUGUCAACAAUUGCUAUUACCUCACGAGCUUUGCAUGUGGGAUCUGCUAGGCAGUCUUGCUGUUGCUCCAGAAUCUCAGUCGAUCCAUCAUCUGCACUAGGAGUCAGAUUCUCUUUCACUCACUUUCUGUGUCGAUCUGGCCUUUCUUUCCAAUUAUUCAAAGAGGUCUGCAUUUUUGCUAAUUCGGUUUGCAGCCGUCGUAGAAGAAUCCAAUCACCGAUAAAAAAACGGGGUUCGUCCCACACCGGCCCCAAAAUUGCGAUCCGCAUCCACUGUGUCGCGUGUAGAUCUCGCGACUGCAGGGCAACGGCGCAGAACUGAAACGUAGCGUUGUCAUAAUCCUCGCGACGGCGAUCGCCUUCGAACUCCUGGACAGUACAUCUACUGUACGAUGGUGCAUCUUUCCAUUAUGCACGUCCUCCAUAUCAGCCGUGACUGUUGCCAACUAACCAUGGAUUGCUCGAGAUCCACGGUUCAGUAUGACUCUGUGGCUUAUUGUCGUCGACAGGAGGAUUCGCCCCUUCCCCUUUCCUUUGCAAUAUAUCUGUGCUGCGAUCUGUAACGUCCCCUCUCUUUGUUUGGAGUACACGUUCAAGAAAUCUUGAAUUCAACCCAGAACCCAUUUGUGUGGAGACUAGGCCAGAGCCCCAUUCUCGAUUCAUCCAUUGGCUUCCUUCCAAGCCUUUUCCUUCUACAGACUGCAGCAGUCUUUGUACUUGUGGCUUCUCACGGUGCUGCCGAGGCGGAAUUCGAGAAGUCGCAAGAGUUUCAGAACAGCCCGAUUUCAUGCGGAUGUCUAUUAUAACGCUGCUGGAGAUUAAUAGCCGAGCAGGACGUAGUAUGUAGCGUAGUUCUCCAGGUGACAGCCAGGACACAGAGCCAACUAACCAUUUAUAACCAAGGGUCGAUCGGGUGGGACUGGCGAAAGUUGGACUGAAAGUUGGUGGCACUGAGACUUGGAUGAGAUGGGAACAUGACAUGUCUGAAGGAGGUUCGUUCGUGCAUGAGCGUUGCGCGAUGUGCUUAAUGACAGAGGCAUUCUGAAAGGGCAAGAUAGGCGCUAUCAGGUCUAAUCAGCACGCUUGUUGGCCCUGUCGCCAAACAUGGGCACGUUCUUUAUUUAGUGGGUGCAGGUUUCUGUGAGACGUCGGGUGCAGCCGUUGAUCCUGUUUAUAGUAGUAGCGCUGGACUCGACAUUCAGCUUUUGAUAUCUUCUCGAAGAACCAUGUUCUGCUUCACGUAAUGCCUGGUUCCGCAGGCAUUAAUGUUACCGAUACCAUGAAUAAACGUGCGAUUGCCAC